GUAUUUGAAAAAGCUGCCAAUGCUAAUAAUUGGACCUUGGCCAGAAAAAUUAAAAUCAUAUCAGGACACUUGUCAGGAAUUGCCACUAGUUGGUAUAAUGAUCACAAAACCGAUUUACUUUUGUGGGAUGAUAUAAUCAACCCCAAUAAUAGCUUCGUUCAAGCCUUCAUUAAGUAUUUUUUGACCUCUGAAUGUAAACACCAGUGGCAAAUAGAAUUGAACACCUUAGUUCAAAAAGGAAAUGAAAAGAUCGACCGUUAUACCUACCAAUUCAAGAGGUUACUAAGAAGGGUAGAUCUAGACCAUAAGUUGCCUAAAGCAUAUGUGAUUAGAAUAUUUUUGGGAGGUCUUCAUAGCAAAACAGCUAUGCUUAUGUCUCUUGAAGACUUCAAAAAGUUAGAUGACACAAUUGCAAAAGCACGGAAAAUUGAAGCAAAAACCUAUUAUAAGAAUAAAACAAUAAAAAUAAGGCUACCAAUAAGUUUAUAG